CUUUUUUUUGUUUCCGGUUUCCGUUUCAGCAGCAGUUGCCGUGGAGACGGCAACGCGGAGCAAUCCUGGGGGCGAUGGCGGGCCUAACCGGGGCGCAGAUCCCGGACGGGGAGUUCACUGCGGCGGUGUACCGCCUUAUCCGGGACGCCCGGUACGCCGAGGCGGUGCAGCUUCUGGGCGGGGAGCUGCAGCGCAGCCCGCGGUGCCGCGCCGGCCUGUCUCUGCUCGGCUACUGCUACUACCGCCUGCAGGAGUUCGCGCUGGCGGCCGAGUGCUACGAGCAGCUGGGGCAGCUGCACCCCGAGCUGGAGCAGUACCGCCUGUACCAGGCGCAGGCCCUCUACAAGGCCUGCCUCUACCCCGAGGCCACCCGGGUGGCCUUCCUGCUCCUGGACAACCCCGCCUACCACGGCCGCGUCCUGCGCCUCCAGGCCGCCAUCAAGUACAGCGAGGGCGACCUGCCUGGCGCGCAGAGCCUGGUGGAGCAGCUGCUGAGCGGGGAGGGCGGCGACGAGGCCGGCGCCGAGAGCGAGCCCGACGGCCAGGUCAACCUGGGCUGCCUUCUGUACAAGGAGGGCCAGUACGAGGCCGCCUGCGCCAAGUUCGGCGCCGCGCUGCAGGCGUCGGGCUACCGCCCGGACCUCUCCUACAACCUGGCCCUGGCCUACUACAGCAGCCGGCACUACGCCCCGGCCCUGAAGCACAUCGCGGACAUCAUCGAGCGGGGCAUCCGCCAGCACCCCGAGCUGGGCGUGGGCAUGACCACGGAGGGCAUCGACGUGCGCAGCGUGGGCAACACCCUGGUGCUCCACCAGACCGCCCUCGUGGAGGCCUUCAACCUCAAAGCGGCCAUCGAGUACCAGCUGAGGAACCACGAGGCUGCGCAGGAGGCGCUCACCGACAUGCCCCCCCGCGCCGAGGAGGAGCUGGACCCCGUCACCCUGCACAACCAGGCCCUCAUGAACAUGGACGCCAAGCCCACGGAGGGCUUCGAAAAGCUGCAGUUCCUGCUUCAGCAGAACCCCUUCCCUCCGGAGACUUUUGGGAACCUGCUGCUUCUCUACUGCAAGUACGAAUAUUUCGACCUGGCUGCGGACGUCCUGGCAGAAAAUGCUCAUCUGACGUACAAGUUUCUCUCGCCUUAUCUCUACGACUUCUUGGAUGCCAUGAUUACCUGUCAGACAGCCCCCGAGGAAGCCUUCCUCAAGCUGGACGAGCUGGCGGGGAUGCUGACUGAGCAGCUGAGGAAACUCACCAAGCAAGUGCAGGAAGCCAGGCACAAUAGGGACGACGAGGCCGUCAAGAAGGCAGUGAACGAGUAUGAUGAAACUUUAGAAAAGUAUAUCCCAGUGUUGAUGGCUCAGGCUAAAAUCUAUUGGAACCUUGAGAAUUAUCCAAUGGUGGAAAAAAUCUUUCGCAAGUCCGUGGAGUUUUGUAAUGACCAUGAUGUAUGGAAACUGAAUGUUGCUCACGUUCUGUUCAUGCAAGAAAAUAAAUACAAAGAAGCAAUUGGUUUUUAUGAGCCCAUAGUCAAGAAGCACUACGAUAAUAUAUUGAACGUGAGUGCCAUUGUGUUGGCCAAUCUGUGUGUCUCCUAUAUUAUGACAAGUCAAAAUGAAGAGGCAGAGGAAUUGAUGAGGAAAAUUGAAAAGGAGGAAGAGCAGUUGUCCUAUGAUGAUCCAGAUAAGAAAAUCUACCAUCUCUGCAUAGUAAACUUGGUGAUAGGAACUCUAUAUUGUGCCAAAGGAAAUUAUGACUUUGGUAUAUCUCGAGUUAUCAAAAGCUUGGAACCCUACAAUAAAAAACUUGGGACUGACACCUGGUAUUAUGCCAAAAGAUGCUUCCUGUCUCUUCUGGAAAACAUGUCCAAACACAUGAUCAUGCUUCGGGAUAGUGUUAUCCAAGAGUGUGUACAGUUUCUAGAACACUGUGAACUUUAUGGUAGAAACAUACCAGCAGUCAUUGAACAACCCCUUGAGGAAGAAAGAAUGCACAUCGGGAAGAAUACAGUUACAUAUGAAUCCAGGCAGCUGAGAGCAUUGAUCUACGAGAUUAUAGGUUGGAAUGUGUAAUUGCUUCUUUGGAAUAUUGCUUCUUCCUACAUAUCUAGUACUCAAAUGAGUAUAGCUUUUUAUCUUGUAUUUGUCAUAUUUGUAUUUUAUAUACUUUUUAAAAUGCAAUAAAAAUGAUUGGGGGGAAACAUUUUUGAAAAGUCACGCAAAGGAAAAAGGAAAAUCAAGCAGCCUAAGAACUUAAAGAAAAAGAUUAUGAAUUGAUAUAUAUAGCAUGUUAUUUUUAAUAUCAGUCACAAUGCCCACUCUUUUGUUAACAAUGGAAUUUUAUCCCUUUGACAUUCUCUCAAAGGCCCCAUUCAACAAACAGAUCAAGCAAGUCUAGACCAAUAUAGACAAGGUUACACUCAGAGCUUCCUAUAGUAUAAUACCCAGAGUGAGGUACAAUGAAGCACGCUUUUAAAUAUUAAUUUUUCUAAAUAUAUUUUAUGUGAGAAUAUUUCACUUUAUGUGACAGGUACUAAUGUUGAGAUAAAUCAAGUUAUAUAUGUUAUGGGUACAAAGUUCCUAAUGGGCAGUAGCAUAUAUAGUACAAUUUUCAAACUGUGUAUAGAGUACACAAAUAUAUUAUCUGUAAUCUGAUCUAUAUUGAUUAUAAUAUGCCAUAAUUAGGUACUUACAGGAUUAUAUGAACCACUUAUGUAACAAAUUCUUAUAAUUCUAUUAUAAUCCAUAUCUACUGCAUAGAUUUUAGAAUGUCUUGAUAAGGUGUCGCACAACAAAGGUGCCAAUUUACAAGGUCCUUGAAGGUUUACUCUCUACAUAGUGUACAAGAUUCAGUAAGAAAUUCUCCAUUACUUUAUCACAAAAUGACAGUCAUAGUAUAAUAAAUUUAAAUGCCAGUUGGGAAGAAAAGUAAUAAUAUUCCUUGAUUUAUCUCUGCUUCUAUUAACAAGAAUUGGAAAAUGUAGUAAAAUAAAGUUUUGUUGUCAAUAAUUUUCAUAAAAUAUGUAUAUAGUUGUAUUUGUUUUUUAACAGUGGUGAAUGAAUGGCUUGGAAUUCCAAGAGUUCAUGAUCCCUAAUCUUAUGCUUAAAAUUUAAGACAUAUUAAUGUUAGGAUUUAUUCAUCCCCAUGGAACUACCUUUGUAUAUUAUACUUUAACUUCAAGAAUUCUAUUUUUUAAAAUCUUGGAUGUGUGGAUCUUCACUAAAGCAGAUUACAACCAUU